GAUUGCUGCCGCCUUUGCGGUUUGAUAGCUUCUGGCUGGUUUCCGUCGCCAGCACACGUGGACAGCACACGUGGACUGAUCCGCCAUGGACGUCAGUGAGGUGAGUUUUCUUGAUGGCUCACAAGGCAUGCAGGGCAGAGGAUGGAUGAUACACGAGCACUAAAGAGAGAAUCCAGACGGAGAAAGGCCUUCACUGCUUGCUCUGUGUGUUGCUCGGCAUUCCCUGUAGCUUGUUGUUGCGAACGCGCAGGCUGUGAAAGACAGGGUACGCCACACGACGCCAUUUCCUUGCCGCUUCUUCGGCUGCACAGUGGUGCUGUGUGUGUUGUAUGUUGUGUGAAUAGAUCAUAGCACAGCUGUCGCGCCUUCUUGAGCAAGACGCCGCCAGCAUCGCUGCACCGGUGGGUCAAACUCACUGGCGGAUAAACAUGCCGGUCACUGUGCGGUCCUUUGAUUGCUUCAUCUGACCUUAAGGCGUCGUCUCCUGAGGCAUGGGUGCUCAAUUAUCAGCUGGGCUCGAUGGCCUCCCUGCUGAAUGCACUCACCACGCAGCUGGAGCAGGGAGAGCCCGGCCUGGCCGGUGCUGUGGAUGCACUCACACCGACCACGGAGGCUGCUGCUGCGGCGGGCCCUCAACACCCAGAGGCACAGGUGAGAUGAAGCAGCGGGUGACCGGCCAUCGUUACGCAGGGAUCUCUCCAUCCUGCAUUGCUGUGGUGGUGUUGUAGGCUCCCGUAGUCGCCGGCCCAUCAUAUCGUUUGAUCCAUCAAAGCGGCACUCCUCCCCCCAUCCACCAAGGACCGGUCAGUCCGACACCAUGACAGAUCUGAUACAUCGAAACCAUCCCGACCUUACUUUGAUGUCACGUCGAUUGCCACAUCAGGCCCGUCGUUGGCUGUCCCGCGACGAGUUGGCCAAUGCCUUCGGCCAUCUGCAGCCCUGGGAGCUGACGCGCUACCGCCGGCCCCUCGGCACGCCCCUCUUCCAUCAGUCGGCCGCCAACUACACCCACCUGGUCAUCGACUGUGAGGACGACACGGCACGGCGCAUGUGGGAGGCCAUGCCGCUGGCCGUGGCACACAUAUGGGGCGAGAGGGCGACCAGCAUCCGAGAGAUCAAGCACCGCCACCCCAGGGGGCAAGAGAGCUGGUGUCGCGGCACCUGGGUGGCCGUGGUGGAGGGUCACGGGCGGGGCCGGGCGGCCAAUGCAGAGAAGAAACGACGGGAGAGGGCGGGAGGGGAGGGGGCAGCUGCCGCUGCUGCGGUGGGGCAAGAUGAUGACGGAGGCCGGUCGGCUGACCAGGGCACAUUGGAGAUGCUGUUAUUCGAGGCCGUCAAGCUCCAUGACAGCAUUGACAUGCCCGACUCUAUCCCCUCAUCUGAUCUGCCCCCCGCCCCCACCGCCCCCACCGCCCCCAUUCACUUGCCCGCACUCACGACGAUCGACAGCAUCCCCAGUGACCACUGCCUGUGGGCACGUGUGGGCCGCCAGUGGCACACACCCGCUGUCAAGACCCUCACCAUCCGAGGCGGCAUUGGUGAAGAAGAUGUGGAGGGCGCGAGGUCAUGGCUGGCCGACUGCGCCGACAUAGAGGUGCUGCACCUCAGCAGUUGCGUUAUUGACGGAGGGGACGCAGACGACGUGGCCGGCAUGCUGAGUGUGCUGCCCGCCGACGGGAAGUCACUCGCGGCGCUUCGCACACUGCGCGGCGUCGACGUCGAGAUGUAUGACAGAGACCCCGCCGCCAUCGACAGGCUGCGUGAGGUGAUGGUGGCGAGGGGCGUCAGCCGGUCCAUUCGUGAGCUCGAGAUCGACAUGAGGUCGAUGGGGAGCACUCCACAUGAUGUCGAGCGGUGCCAGAGCGUUGCACGGCUCAUGUAAGGACACACACACACAGACAGACAGAGAGAGGGAGGGGGGGAGGGAGAGGGGCUGCAGAGAGACGGUGCAAUUCAUUCCUGUGCUUUGCCUUCGAUCAGUGACGCCAUUGCUCAUCCCGAGGCAGUGAAGAAGGGCGUCUUCACACUCUGCCACGACGGCACGUGUGGAGAGAUUGACGAGGCGCUCCUCUCGCGCAGCAGCACCGGCCCCGCCGCCACCCAGCAGCUCAUUCGCGACUUCGCUAAGAGAGCCGGCACCGUGAUGUACCUCGUCGACGACGACGCCGUCCCUGCAACCAUCACCGACGCCUCAUUCCCCGCCGCGCACACACUGUCGCCCUCGCCAAUGAGGCCAAGAAGAAGCGGGCGGUCGAGAUCGCCUCCAACAUGCCCAACCUGUCGCGCAUCGAGACAGAUGUCGCCCCUGUUCGUGAGAUGUGGCGGUUCCUCGAGCAGCUGCAGGCGGCGCUGGUCAGCCGGGGGCGGGAGAGGAGCCUGUCAGUGCAUUAUCGUCCGUUGGCAAACGCAUUCGUGGAGCCGGUGCACACUGUCCGGAGCCCCUGUCUGUGGGGGCGGGACACCAACGACAAGCUGCCGCCAUAAAGGAAGUGACGGUCACCGUGUUCGGUAAGGGGGGAGGGGAGUGCAAAGGGGAGAACCAGCAGCCAUGGCGUCUGUGUGUGGGUUGUGUUCAAUCACUGUAGGCGGUGUAGAGGAUGACCAGUUGGAGCAGUUUUACGACAACGUGAUGGCCUCUGUGGCGUCAUUCAGCAACGAGCUCAAGGUGCGCCGCACACCACACCACACAAAGACAGCUGCCGGGCGAUGUGUGUGUGCUGCCCACUGUCCGGUCGGUUUGAAUGGGUGACAGGGCCACAGGAAGACCUGUGUGAGGUUGCUCUGCGAUGCCCUGCGCACCGACUUCAAGCGGCGCUUCAUGGCGCAGCAGGCGAACCUCAACCUCAGCGGCGGGCCCUACAAGCUCAGCCUCGAAGCCGACGGGCUGUGUGUCGAGCGCCGCAAUGCCGCCACAGGUAGGACACACAUCACACACACCACACCACCCGCCACAGCGUGCCUUCAGUGUCUGUCUGUCUGGCCGUGUGUGUCGCCCGUCAGAUGGUCACUCGGCGGCCCAUGAAGGCUGCUGAGACAGCCGCGAUGCAUGCUGGUGUGAGAGAACACCUUGACGGUGUGCAGCGUAGAGCGGUGGGGUGGGAGACAGCUAGAUGAGUGAGUGGCUGGUUAGCGGGAAGAGCUGGCUUCCCUCGCAGCCACCACGGCCCACUGUGGUUGGCUGUGCGGUACGUUGCUGUGGGUGUGCUGAG